UGAAGAUGAUGUAAACACACAGACUCACUCGGACCCGGUGCUGGUGACACACACACACACACGCGCUGACUCUCUUCCCCUGGUGUUAAAGCACAGGUUGUCCCGGGUCAAGCAGAUUAUUGGGUAAAUGGAUUGUGACGUCAGGGUUUAGCACGCGUCGCGUUGCCUCGACGUACAGCAGACGCGCUCUCAUCCAGCGCACACACACACUCCAGCAUGAGCCCGAGGACCACGAGCUGAAAAACACGAACACCGCAGAUCAUGGCCGCAUUUCUGGAGAUAUCCGAUGACAGCAUGGGUCACGAACUGAACCUCUUCUGUGUGCCGAAACACUACGAGGAGGAUUUGGACCGGGUCAUUAUACCCAACGGCCUCAUUAAGGACAGGACUGAGCGCUUGGCCAGAGAUAUCGUUCGGGACAUGGGCGGACAUCAUAUCGUGGCUCUUUGCGUUUUAAAAGGAGGGUAUAAGUUCUUCGCAGACCUGAUGGAUUACAUCAAGACUCUGAAUCAAAACAGUGAUAAGUCUGUGCCAAUGACUGUGGAUUUCAUUAGGCUGAAGAGCUACUCGAAUGACCAGUCUACGAACUGUGUGAAAGUCAUCGGUGGAGACGAGCUGUCGGCGCUGUCUGGGAAAAAUGUGCUCAUAGUUGAGGACAUCGUGGAGACGGGGAGAACUAUGGAAACGCUGCUCAAACUGUUAAAUGAAUACCAUCCUAAGAUGGUGAAAGUUGUCAGUUUGCUGGUGAAAAGGACACCCAGGAGCUCAGGAUACCGUCCCGACUACAUUGGAUUUGAAGUUCCGGACAAGUUCCUGGUGGGAUAUGCUUUAGACUACAAUGAGUAUUUCAGGGAUUUGAGUCAUAUCUGUAUAUUAAGCGACAGCGCCAAAGAGAAAUAUAAAGUAUGAUACGACGCGAGUGCUUGGAUGCACCGAGACAAAGAUCACUGUGAACCUUUCUUCUGAUUGUGAAGUUAUUUUUGAACAUGCCAUCUGAAUAAUGAAACAUAUUCCCAAAGAUAAAUGCAAGAGAGAAAAUAUUAUUUUGUUAAGAAUAGUUGAUGGUUAAUCUCAUUUUAAUUGUGAUUUUCUGCGGAAGACUGUACAACUUUCUGAUUGUUUGAACUGAGGCCUUAGAUUAACUGAUUUUAUGUUGAUUUUAUGUUUUGAGUUUGGGUUUAGCUCAGAGGUUGUGAAGGUACUCAUUGUUAGCUAGUUAUUGUCAUUAUAUUAUCUAGAUUUUGACUCCAGAAUAUACACACUCUCUGAAACGGAGAAUUGUUGUGCAGCUGUCAUGAAAAAUAUGAAGAUGAUUUUUUUUUUUGGAUCACCACAAUAGAAUAACACUGACAAUGAUAUUAUUAUUAUAUUAUUAUUAUUAUUAGCUAAUAUUAUCUGUCCUGGUUGUUUCCCAUGCAUGUUAAUGUGAAAACAGUCCAAUAAGCUGAGGUGAAUGAUUGUAUUGAUUACGUUUACUGACAACAAAACUCUGACGAGCUGUUAUGAAAGAGAAGAAAAGUUAAUGAAUGAAGCUAAGCAAUAAAGUAAUGUACGAACAUGUGUA